UGUUACCGUUGUGCAGCUGGCAUGCAGCUCCGCGAGCCCGGAAUUACGGAAUUUCGAUGGGAUCUCCGAGGAUCUAUGAAGUCCGCGAGGAAAUUUGCUUACCUGUCAACGCUGUCAACGCAUGGAACACAUGACGGUUGCAACCGACGUAGGGAGAGGACGACCUUCUCUGGAGACUCCUGUCCUGUGGACGUCAGCUUGAACCAGAACGCGCCUCCUUUUGGCAGCCCUGUUGACUGGACAUGCUUCGGUGCGUUCUCGCCCUGUGCUCUCUCUUUGGCGUGAGCCGUGCUGAUGUGCCUCAUGGGCUGAAGCUCACUGACAGCGCCAAGACACACAAGCGCUUCGGGGCCUUUGAGUAAAGCCCUCCUCUUCGUGCUUGCCCUCGCACAUUUCCACUGUCUGCUUAUGUCAGGUACAUUCAUCCUCGGCCUGAGGCCGGGCUGGUGUCGCCCCUCACCACUAUAGCCCUUCGCGAGGGAAGCAGCCUCCAGCCGGGGUCCAUCCGAGGCAAGCUGAGGGUCCGCGGCAACAAGUCAGGGAAGGCCAAGGGCAAGCUGGUGCUCGCCGCGGGUAAGAAAGGCAACGCUCGUCAAGUGGUCAUCUGCCCCUUGUCGUGUGCGUCUUCACGUGCAGAUGGGAAGACCGUCGUCUUCCGAAGCUUCCAGGACUUCGCAAGGGGUGAGAUGGUGCGAGUCAAAGUGCGAGAGGGUAUCAGGACAGCCGAUGGUCAGAAGCUCGGCGGAAUGCAAUGGAGGUUUUAUCUCUCCGACAUGAACCAAACGAACGAGACGACGAAGCGAAAGCCGUCCCUCUCAGAGGAAGAGCUGACCGAGGCAGAGAAGGAGACUACAAUCAGGGAGAAGAAUGGCGUCUUCACGUUGGACCCCCCGCCACUGCCGGGUGACAUCUUCUACCUGCAGGUAGACCAACAGGGAGGCAGGAGGUCCUUGACUGGUCAUGUCUUGCUUUCGAUGGCAGAACAACGUCUCGUAUCUCAACCUGGACGACUACCACGCGACAUUCCUCCGGGGAGGCCAGUUCGUCAAUGGGUAGGUUCGUCCGACUGCGAAAUGGUGGCAAGUGUCUGACUGGCUGGCGUUUGUUUGUCCAUCAAGGUUUGAUUUCAUGGACACCCUUCCUGUUGCGAAAUACAUGAGCAUGUAAGCGUGUUGAGGGGCACAAAGGGCAGGCGCGUGAUAUUGCAUCCCGGCGUGUGCGAUGUGUCUUCUCUCUGAAAUUGCAGGGGCUAUGUCACCGUUCCGACGAAGCACUUCCCAAAAGUUCGUAUGUCAGUUGAGG